UAAAAGGAAAAGAAGAAGUCGUUUUUGUUUUCAUGUGUUCAGAUAGAUUUGAUCGCCAUCAGAUGACCACCAUGCAGAGACUGAGCCUCUGCCUCAUCCUCCUGCCUCACUACGCUUUCUCGGUGCUCUUGGGAUGGGUGGAGUCUCCAGGUUAUCCCCGUGGUUACCCACCCUUUGCCAGUACCAAUUGGAGCAGGUGUGCUCCACCUGGCCACGUCAUCUCCCUCAGGUUGAUUCACCUCCACCUGGAGGGCAGCUCUGACUGUGACCACGAUGCCUUGGAGAUCUUUGCAGAUGAAAACCGUCUAGAAAAACUGUGUGGUAAAAUGUCGCCUGACGAGCUGGAUUCUUCAGUCAAUCCCCUGCUCUCCUCCUCCACGGGUGGGUGUCUCUCUCUCUCGUUCCGCUCAGACUACUCCAACACCAAGAGACACACUGGAUUCAGAGGGUUCUACACUCUGCAAGACUUUGAUGAAUGCUACGACGACCCAGAUAACGGCUGCACCCAGUUCUGCCACAACCACAUCGGCGGUUACCGUUGUUCCUGUCGCCCCGGUUACUACCUCGACACAGACGAGCACACUUGCACCGUGAGCUGCUCUGAGGACCUGUCUGGUGCGCUGCGGGGUGUUAUCUCCACCCCCUCUAGACCCGGCCCGUACGCGGAGAACGCCCAGUGCUCCUACACUCUCUCUGUGGAGGACCACCUGCAGCUGGUGCUGGAGUUCAUGGGGGAGUUUGACGUGGAGCAGGGGCCCGAGGGCCAGUGUGUGGACACCCUGACGAUUAAGACUCCCUCGAAGGUUCUGGGGACAUAUUGCGGCCACGUGGCUCCGCCCCCUGUCCACACAGGGUCACACCACGCCCACAUUCUCUUCUCCUCUGAUGGCUAUGGCACCAACACUGGCUUCACAAUACACUACUCUACCAAAGCAAAGACAUGUCCAGGGUUUGUGACAUCCGGUGCUACGAUGACCCCUGAACUUCCUGAAUAUAAACAUGGCAACAAAGUCAAUGUCCGCUGUGAGCUUGGGAAAAUCUUGAAUUCUGAUGCUCGCAAAAAGACCCAUAGUGACGUGUUGUACGAGUCGAUAUGUCAGAGGACAGGCAAGUGGAGUCCAGCGUACCACUGUGAAUCUGUGGACUGCGGAGUGCCAGAUAUCCCCGAAGAAGACAUUCUCCAGGUGACGGAGUCUGACCCGAGCACGUUGUACGGUGACAAGGUGCAGUUCAGGUGCAGGUCCAAGUACUACACACUAGAGGGAGAAGAUGAAUACACGUGCAAUGUCAGUGGACAUUGGAUAUCAGAGACAGGCCAGGGCAAGUUUCCAAAAUGCAUUGAAGUGUGUGGGAGAACGGAGAACGAGCUUGAAAGCACUGGGAGGAUUUGGGGAGGUGAUGUUGCGAAGCUUGGCGACAUACCGUGGCAGCUUCUGAUGCUGUAUCCAAAAAGAGCAGGGGCGACACUGAUCAACGAUCGCUGGGCCAUCACAGCUGCUCACGUCGUGGACAAAAAUGAAGAACUAACACAAACUAUCUAUGGUGGAGUGAUAGAUGGAGUAAAGGCAAGAGAACGUCACCCUGAAGUAGCUGUCUUAGAAGUUAAAAAGGUAAUAAUUCAUCCCGGCUAUGCAAAUGGUUUUGAAAAUUCUGUACGCACUAACUACGACAACGAUAUCGCCCUUAUCCAACUGACCGAGAGAGUGACGCUUGGGCCAACUCUCCUGCCUAUCUGCCUGCCUAAGCCCGAUGAGGAGCUGGAGGCCGAUACUUUAGGCACUGUUUCAGGGUGGGGAGCAACUGAAAAAAGGGAGCAAAGCAAAAUGUUACGUCAUACUGAUGUGGCUGUAUACACUACUAGUAAGUGUGAAGACACACCUCGUAUUGAAGAAAAGCCCUUGGUCUUCACUGGCAACAUGUUCUGCGCUGGAAAGGAUGGGCAUGAUAGCUGUAGGGGAGACAGCGGAGGUCCAUUUGUCGUACCCAGAUUAGGGAACCACAACAAACCGCACCGUCUAAUGGGGGUCGUGUCGUGGGGCUCCCACUGUAAAGUGGAUGGAGACUUCAAGGGGUAUUACACCAAGGUGAGUAAGUAUUUAGGCUGGAUCAAGGAGACAAUAAAGAAGGAGGAGAAUGACGAAGACUACAAAGUAAGCAGAGGUUCAUCCCCCUCGUACCUGCCACCUCUCCUGGCUCCACGGGUGGAUGUGUGGGAUCCCAGGGGGCCUGGGGGGCCCGUGCUCCUGGGGGGCACGUUGUUGUGUUUACGUAUGUAUGAGUGCUGGCGUCUUCCUCGGGCAGAGCCUACCAUGUACGGAGAGCUGCAUUCACCCCAGUACCCUCAGUCUUACCCUGGGGGCCUGACAGAGACAUGGGACCUCCAGGUGCCUGAGGUCCAGAUCCAGCUCACCUUCACACACUUGGACAUCGAGCCUUCCGCAAACUGUUACUACGACGCCGUGAGGGUUCUGCACGACCAGAAGAUCCUGGGGAGGUUCUGCGGCCAGGAAAACUCUGCUGAGGGACAUCACCACGGCAACCAGCCUAUCUUGACUCCCGGCAACAGGCUCACCCUUGUUUUUCAGUCGGACGAAACUAACCCUGAGCUGCACCAGCCGAUUGGCUUCUCUGCUCACUACCAGGCCAAAGAUAUAGAUGAGUGUUCUGCUCCUGCCCCUGAGGAUGGGACAGGUCCACUCUGCUCUCAGCUUUGCCACAACACCCUAGGCUCCUACCUCUGCUCCUGUCACCAUGGCUACAACCUCAGACCUGACCAGCGCACCUGUGUGUUGUCCUGUGGGGGUAUUUUCGAUGAGCCUGAGGGGGCGUUCACCAGUCCAGGGUACCCUGAGCCUUCCCCCCUCGGAAUGUCCUGUCAGUAUGUCAUCUCUGUGGAGCUUGGCUUUACCGUGACCCUCAACUUCACCAGCGACUUUCACAUAGAGAGCAUAGACACCCAGCAGGGACCCAGCUGUCUGUACCACUGGCUUCAGGUGACCAUCCCUGGUAGGGAGCCCCAGAAGUUAUGUGGGGGGCAGAGUCCAGGACUGAUGGCGACCAACUCCAACAAUGUCAAGCUGGACUACCAAACAGACUGGGCUGGGAUGAGCAGGGGCUGGAGCCUGCAGUACAGCACCCAGAGGGUUCAGUGUGUCCCCCCCAGUGCUGUGGUCCAUGGUCGAGUCACUCCUAUCUUCGAAGAGUACUUCUACAGAGAUUACAUCCAAGUGCGCUGUGACCACGGCUAUAAACUCAUGAUGGAUGGUAACGAGAUCCACAGUUAUUCAUCCAUGUGUAAGAACAACGGACAGUGGCACCUUUCUCUUCCAGAGUGCCAAAUACUGGACUGUGGGAGGCCUGAGCCGUUACUGAACGGAGGGGUGACAUUCAUAUCUGGAGCCGAUGACCAGUACCUCUCAGUCAUCCAGUACCACUGUAACGAGCCACACUACGCCCUUCUAGGGGCAGCAACAGUGAGCUAUACCUGCGCAGCAGAUAGGAAGUGGAGACACGGCAAGGGAAGCCCCAUCAUCCCUACGUGCAUACCAGUGUGUGGCCGGCCCACCGAGUCCCUCUCAAAGAGACACGGCCGGAUCUUAGGAGGGGAUGAGGCCCCUGAAGGCUCGAUCCCUUGGCAGGUGUUGCUGAGUGUGGACGGGAAUAGAGGAGGGGGGAUGGUGGUCGGAGACCGCUGGGUCAUGACUGCAGCGCAUAACUUAUUCAGACCAAAUGGUGCUCUACUGCCAAAUGAUGUUAAGGUUUUCAUGGGAGGUAAUAAUGCUGUAGAAAUCAGUAAACGCCCUCCAGCUGCUGUAAGUUCUCUUCACCUCCACCCAGACUACCACAACCCCGACAAAGAUAACUACAAUCAUGACAUUGCUUUGAUCAAACUUCAACAAACAAUCACAUUCCAAGAUUCCAUCAUGCCAAUUUGUUUGACAGUUGAAAAUGCUACGUAUCAAAGUACACAGAUUGGAUUUGCCUCAGGCUUCGGAGUCACAGAAGAUAAAAUUUCCAAUAAACUGCGAUACGUAGGUCUUCCUGUGGUUGAACAAGAAACUUGUCAAGAGUCUAUCAAAAAGGCCAAAACAACUACACAUUUCUCUGAGAACAUGUUCUGCGCUGGAUUUCCUGAGGGGAAAAAGGACUCCUGCCAGGGGGACAGUGGUGGACCCUUCUCCCUGAGGAAGGGGGAUCGGUUUUGGGCAGCUGGUAUCAUCAGCUGGGGAAUUGGUUGUGGAGAAGCAGGAAAAUAUGGAGUCUACACCCGUGUUGGGAACUACCUAGACUGGAUCCAGAAGACCAUGCGUGAAAACUGAAUACCCUUCACCAUUUUGGGGGGUUUUCGGUCAUUACAUUAGGAGAAAAUAAAUGUCGUGAGCCGUGGGCUUUCACUGGUCCAAGUUAAGUUUUUAGAGGAAAUAAAGACGUAUUGUUGUAUCGUC